UUCCUGAGCUCACUCUGUCGUUGGCGUUCGCGUUGACUGGCCAGAGUCCGCGAGCUGAACACCACCACCUCAUCUCCGCCUGAUCUGCCACCUCUCCCUUUGUCCCUCUCUCUCUCUGUCACUGCAGCUCCUCAUACAUUCAUCUCUGUCCAGCCCUCGGGACCGGUAAUCGCUCGGCCCACCAGCCUCUGGUUCCUCACACCACUUCCUGAUCUUCGUUCUAACAUCUGAUUGGCCAUGUCGUACCAUAGUUUCCUGCUGGAACCAAUUAGCUGCCACGCCUGGAACAAAGAUCGGACCCAAAUCGCCCUCUGCCCCAACAACCAUGAGGUCCACAUCUACAAGAAGGACGGGGCAAAGUGGAGCAAGAUCCAUGAGCUGAAGGAGCACAACGGGCAGGUGACAGGAAUCGACUGGGCUCCAGACAGUAACCGUAUUGUCACAUGUGGAGCAGACCGUAACGCCUAUGUGUGGACCCUUAAGGAGGGCGCAUGGAAGCCCACCCUGGUCAUCCUCAGGAUCAACCGAGCCGCUCGCUGUGUGAAGUGGUCGCCACGAGAGAACAAGUUUGCUGUCGGCAGCGGCUCUCGUCUCAUCUCCAUCUGCUACUUUGAGCAGGAAAACGACUGGUGGGUUUGUAAACACAUCAAGAAGCCAAUCCGCUCCACCAUCCUGAGUCUGGACUGGCAUCCCAACAAUGUCCUGCUGGCUGCUGGAUCCUGUGACUUCAAAUGCAGAGUUUUCUCCGCCUACAUUAAGGAGGUGGAGGAGAAGCCCGGUCCCACCCCAUGGGGCAGCAAGAUGCCGUUUGGUGAGAUGUUGUUUGAGUCUGGAGGGUCUGCAGCAGCCAGUCAGACUUCAGGUGGAGGCGGCGGCUGGGUGCACAGCGUGUGCUUCUCUCACUCUGGGAACCGCCUGGCCUGGACCUCCCAUGACUCCACAGUGUCUGUAGCUGAGGGAGGCAAGACCGGCACGGUGAACAGUCUGACCUCUGAGACUCUUCCUCUGCUGUGUGUCACCUUCAUCACUGAGAACAGCAUUGUGGCAGCUGGCCAUGACUGUUACCCGGUGCUGUUUGUGUACGACAGCGCUAAAGGCAGCCUGACUUUUGGUGGAAAGCUGGAUGUUCCAAAGCAGGCAGCUCAGAAGGGAAUCAGUGCCAGGGAACGUUUCCAGAACCUGGACCGUCGGGCCUCCGAGACCCAGAGCACCGACAAGGACCUGGCCACUCUGCACAAGAACAGCAUCAGCCAAAUCUCAGUGCUAGAAGGAGGAAGAAACCAGUGCACCAAGUUCUGCACCACUGGAAUGGAUGGAGGGAUGGGAAUUUGGGAUGUCAAGACUCUGGAGUCUGCAAUGAAGAACUUGAAGAUUGUCUGAUGCCUUUCUGACGUUCAUGUCACUGUGCCAAAAGAACACACUCUCCUGGAGAAAUGAAGGAAACUGCUGCCUUAUUACACAAAGCUUCUCAGCUCUAUUUUAAUCAGGUAUUUUUUAUAUUCGAGCUAAACGAUCAGACUGGGUCAGCCUGUGUUUGUAAUCCCUCUGAAGCUCAUUGUUGAGCUUUUAAAGUCAGCGCUGUAUACAGAGGGCCUGACCACAGCCUGCAAAUGGUACUUAAUGACUUAGAUUAGUUCAAUCACAGAGCUCAGUCUGAGCUGAACGCUUAAAGCCAGAAUUUUAUAAUAAUCAGGAUGAAAGCCUACAGUAUUUGUUAUUUUUUUAAAGCUUAUGCUGGUCAUAAUAUGCAUUUAAUAAACGAUUGCUGUUUCAAAGCUCA